CGAAUUAAUCGAGUUUAUAAAGCAUGAAAACUCCAUCUUGCAAGGAUAUAUUCAAAAAAACGAUAUUACCCCGUUGGUGUUUCCGGUUUCUAACUCAGAGGCCACAGAAUUAGCUUACAAAAGGAAAAUAAAGAGCAAAGUUCCCUCUAUUGAACUACCUCAUAGACUGACGUGGGAGCAAAAGCUUUAUAUUGCUCAAUCAGCUUAUGAAGAUUGCAAGGAUGAGCUGGAAAGCAUAAGAAAAUCUUCUGAAAAAGCUAUAGCCGAGAAUGAGGCUAGCUUGGAGUUCUUGUCUCACAGGUUAGAUGAAAUCCGUAGGAACAGACAAGAAGAUCAUGCCGUUCAAAAUGGACAGCUGUUGAGAUACUUCCAGGAGCUUCCGAAGCAACAAGUACGGUAG